UGAACAUUUCCGCAAAUUUCAGGCGCGAAAUAUUGAGGUGUAUUACUGGAGUUGUUAUCCAUGUUGUUAUCCUAGAAAAAGACAACAAAUCUGAUUCGGCAUUAAAACAGAACACAAAACACAUGUUGACAAUGGACAGUGAUGUCCUGCAAACUCCGACAUGGGCGAAAACCAAAGAAGCGAUUACAAACUUCCGAAGACUUCUGCUGUGCUCCAAAUGCUCGCAUUUAAUGAAGGACCCUGUUUGUCUGGGAAUGUGUGAACAUUUGUUAUGCAGGUCCUGCGCUGGUUCCAGUGCAGGCGAUGGGUGCGUGGUGUGUCACAGUCCUGCUUGGGUGAAGGACAUCCAGAUCAACAGGCAGCUGAGUAGCAUCAUAGAGCUAUUCUGUGGUCUGGAGGAUCUCAUGAACCCAACGCAAGACGAUUCAACAAAACAAGAAACACCUGUCUCUAACCAGAAGAAGAAUUUCAAAAUUUGGUUCAGUCCACGCAGUCGAAAAAUCCGCUGUCUGGUGGAAAAACCUUCAGAAGGCACAGCACCAGAGAGCAAGACUCCUGGAGAAACCACUGCUGCAAACACUACAAAUGCAUCGAAAGACCUAUCAGUCUUUAAUUUUACUUCCUCCUCUCAAGACUCUGGCUCUAGUAGUCCACAAAUGUGCAACUCGAGCACAAGAAACAAAAGACAAAACAAGAAAAGUGCUCCUAGCAGAAAACAGCCAUCAGCGCAUGCUACUGUUCACGCCCAACAGAAACAGAGCGUGCAGAAGAUGAGGAGGCUGCAGGCUAUAAAUCAGCAGUGGGGCAUCUCGGAGGGGCCCAUGGCGUUAAAGGAUCAACCAUGCAGGGAGCAGCCACACAGGUCUGGUAAGAGGGUUUCCUUUGGAGGCUCUGCUGUCAACUCCGACCAGCCCCAGGGGACUAAUAAUGAACUCAGCCCUGGCACUGUGACUGGAACUAUCCCGGAAACUAUAUCCAGUGACCGAGUAGCCGAGUCUAACACUGAAAUAGUGGACAAUUUGGACCAGAGGACCAUAGCUCCUCCAAACGAAUGUGAGGCAGAGGACGAUGCAGAGAAAAAGGAGGAAACUGAGCCUUCUCCUGCUAUGAAAAAAUCAAGGAUGGAGGAAGGCCACUCUUUAGACAUGACACCAAAACGUCCCAGGACAUCACCAGGGACCAGGAGGAGGUCGGGGGGUCGUAGGAUUUCCUCUGUCCUCUCCUCUCCGUCUUUGUCCAGUCCUGCAGGUUCAAAGGCAGCGAGGAGCCCCAGAGUGGAACUUGGAGACAGCCCAUCCUCCUCCCUGGGCAGUGUCAGCAGAAAAUCUCCCCGCCUCUCCUGUGGAAGCCCUGCGGUGAUGAAGAGAAACCAUAAGGGAGAGACGCCGCUGCAUAUAGCUGCCAUAAAGGGAGACGUAGAAGCUGUCAAAGAACUGCUGGAGCAAGGGGCAGACCCCAACCUCAAGGAUAAUGCUGGCUGGACACCUCUGCAUGAAGCCUGCAACCUUGGGCACUUGACAGUUGUGGAAAUCCUUGUUUUGAGAGGAGCCCUCCUGAACACGCCCGGCUACGAGAACGAUUCUCCUCUCCACGACGCUGUGAGGAACGGACACACUGCCAUCGCCAGACUGCUGCUGCAGCUCGGAGCUUCCACAAACGUGCUUAAUCUGUAUGGAAAGAGGCCUGCAGAUUAUGCAGUCAGUCGUGAGAUGCUGGAGAUUUUCCAGGAAGCCACUGAAGGAACUCCAAAUGCUAAUACCACACUGAGCCCUGCCAUGGUAAAAAAGAGCGUGGACAGAAGCGACGAAACACUGGUGGUGAUUCUGUCCAGCAAGCUGUCAUCGAGCGAACAGCAACAACUCGCCAAAUUGGGACAGCUGCUCGGGGCGAGAAUGGCCGACACUUUCACUGAAUCAGUGACUCAUGUUGUCGUGCCAGAAGGACAGAUGCCGACUACUUUUAACACCCUACUUGGGCUCUUGGUGGGCAGCUGGGUGGUCAAAUACAGCUGGGUGGAGGCAUGUCUGCGAGCAGGCGAGAGGGUGCCCGAAACUCCCCAUGAAGCUGGAGAAGGCCCCCAGCGCAGUCGCAACAAUAGAUAUAGUCUGCUUCCCCCUCUUUUUGAUGGCUGCUUCUUCUUCUUGCUGGGUUCCUUCUCAAGCCCUGGCAAAGAGGAGUUGACCCGGUUGCUUCGGGAUGGUGGGGGACAGAUCCUGACUCGUCAGCCUAAACCGGACAGUGAUGUGACUCAGACAGUGAGUGCGGCUUCUUACCACGCCCCUCCUGGCUCUGACCAGGCCCUGUGCACCCAGUACAUCCUGUACGACCCCCACGGCCCACACAAGCCUGCUCUGAUCCGGAGAGGCAAAGUGUGGUCUGCCCCCUCCUCCUGGGUCAUCCAGUCCAUCACAGCUUUCAGACUGCUCCCUGUACCAGAGCCUCAGACUUGAACAACUGCAGUCUAAUCCUUUAUGCACAGUAGUUAUCAGAGCAGAUUAUCAUUAGCAGAUUAUGAUGCUUAUUUACUCAUACUCACUGUGCCUUCUAUGUAAUCAUGCUUUUUAAUGCCAAUGCAACCACAAUUUUAGUCAACAAUCAUUUCAACCUUUUGUCAUGUUAUAUUGUAUGUUUUUACAUUCGGUAAAUUAUUGUACAUGCACAAACUGCGUAGGGGAUCUACAAUAUAUGGCAAAAUAUAUCGCUUUACCGCUUAUGCUAAUGUUUCAUUCACUGUGUAUUUUGUGGCAAGUUGUAAUAAUUUCCAACCAUUACAAUAAAUAAUUUACCAUUU